CCGCGCCCCGGGGCGACCAGCGCGACUCCGCGCGCCCGGCUCCGCCGCCGCGGCCCUGCAGGUCUUUCCACUGUAGGGCUGGACUAGCAGACAGCCUCUUGCUGUGUGAAUCCCAUCCACAGCUUCUGCCCGUGGGCUUCUGAGCCAUGGCCACUGAGGAGAAGAAGCCAGAGACAGAAGCUGCAAGAGCACAACCCACUCCUUCCUCAUCGGCCACCCAGAGCAAGCCUACACCUGUUAAACCCAACUAUGCACUAAAAUUCACUCUGGCUGGCCACACCAAAGCUGUGUCCUCUGUGAAAUUCAGCCCGAAUGGAGAGUGGCUGGCAAGCUCGUCUGCCGAUAAACUCAUUAAAAUUUGGGGAGCCUACGAUGGAAAGUUUGAGAAAACCAUAUCUGGUCACAAGCUGGGAAUAUCUGAUGUAGCCUGGUCGUCGGAUUCUAACCUCCUUGUGUCUGCCUCUGAUGACAAAACGUUGAAGAUAUGGGAUGUGAGCUCGGGAAAGUGUCUGAAGACCCUGAAGGGGCACAGCAACUAUGUCUUCUGCUGCAACUUCAACCCCCAGUCCAACCUCAUCGUCUCAGGGUCUUUUGAUGAAAGUGUGAGGAUAUGGGACGUGAAGACUGGGAAGUGCCUCAAGACUUUGCCUGCUCAUUCAGAUCCAGUGUCAGCCGUUCAUUUUAAUCGAGAUGGAUCCUUGAUAGUUUCAAGUAGUUAUGACGGUCUCUGCCGCAUCUGGGACACCGCGUCGGGCCAGUGUCUGAAGACACUCAUCGAUGACGAUAACCCCCCGGUGUCCUUCGUGAAGUUCUCUCCGAAUGGCAAAUACAUCCUGGCUGCCACGCUGGACAACACACUGAAACUCUGGGACUACAGCAAGGGGAAGUGCCUGAAGACUUACACUGGUCACAAGAAUGAGAAGUACUGCAUAUUUGCCAAUUUCUCUGUAACUGGCGGGAAGUGGAUUGUGUCUGGCUCUGAGGACAACCUUGUGUACAUCUGGAACCUGCAGACCAAGGAGAUCGUGCAGAAGCUGCAGGGCCACACAGAUGUUGUGAUCUCAACGGCUUGUCACCCCACGGAAAACAUCAUCGCCUCCGCCGCCUUGGAGAACGACAAGACGAUUAAGUUGUGGAAGAGCGACUGCUGAGUCCUGGCCGCCAGAGACUGCAGUUAGAAGACCUGGACUGGCAAGAAACAAACGUGCGUGUGGCCGGAGCUUCCGGGGCCUGGGACCUGGGGCACCGGAGACAGGCCCGAGCGCGGCUCCUCUGUGAAGGCACUGGCAGAGGGGACGUGCCGCCGCCGGCGCCAGAGGGUUCUACCAGUCGCUGGGACAUUUCUUGCCAAUUGUCUGUCCUCGUCCACUCGGGAGUUCCUGUCUGUUCCGUGCCCAGAGGCAACACAAAUUUUUAAUUUUUUAUUACACAAGAGUGACGUUCAAUUUAUCAUGGGUUGUGUUUUUUCCAGUAAUAGUUCUGUACCCUUUUGAUACUUUACUACCCAACGUGACGCUGUUGUCAGGCCCUCUGGCCCCCGGCUGCCUGGUCUCCUGCAGGCUAGUCCCUGCGUCCCUGCCCUGUCCCUGGCUCCUAGCCUGCCUCCAGUGGUUGACGGUGUCACUGGAGAGCAUAGGUGUGUUCUGCGUGGAGUCAUUUUGUAUUGCUGGAGCUGGCGGCGGGACUGUGGAUGGUGUCCACAGUUCUGUGGCAGGGGCAGGGUGCGGGUUACCGUGGGCUGUGGUCCCUGAGUUCUGAUGUGAGCUGAUCUCUCCCUGACAUUUAGAAAGUUUCACACACACGUGAGGCUAAAAGGGUCUCCCCCCACAGACCGGCUGUUCCCUUCCAACGGCCAGCUUCCUGUGGGCACAGUGAGGGCACAGAGCGCCAGGUGUGGCAGCUGGAGUGAGAGUGGCAGCUUCUCAGCUGGAAGGGGUCGGGCCGAAAACGGCCUUUUGGUGCUGUGGUGUAGAGAUGGUGCCUCUUCUCGUCAGAUCAGGCCAGGCUGAUUAGCUCGGGAGGGGCAUAGCUCUUCCCAUCCCUGUCUUCCCCCACUCUCCUCCCCUCCCCACAGCCUCUGCAUCCUCAGGAGGAGGCUCCUUGUGGGACCCCACUCACUGUUACCCCAGCCUGACCUCCCAGCUGGGACCUUUAGAGUGGUCUGGGGAGGGGGCUGCUGGGCUCAGAGCUGCACACAGUUGGUCACGGGUGUGUGGGUGUGUGCGUCAGCCUGCUGUCGGGGGAGCCUGGUGGCCCAAGUCUGGGGGUGCCUCAGACGUGAUCAAUCAGCUUGGCCUGUGGUAUGAUGGGGCACCAGGCUCUGGAGUCCUCUAAAACUGUCCACUAAGGUAGGGGGCAACUCAGUCCUAAAUGGAUCCGCAAGGGAGAAAGGCAGCUCGCCUGGCUCUCCUUUGGAGAGGUGCAGACAGGCUCCCUGGUUGAAGAGGCCCGUGGCUGCACAGGGUGGCUUCUGUGACGGGGGUCUGGGCUUCAUGUAGCAUCGAUCUGGGUGUCCUGGCAAGAUGAGGCCUUUCCAGCUCCGCCCUGGGUGGGCAGCCCUCCGGGAGGGAUGGGAGCUCACUGUGUCCAGAGCUGUGUUCCGGAGGAUAGUUUAUUUUUUCUACAGUUGAAUUCUGUUGUAGAUUUGUGUAAAAAGACAUUUUUUUUGAAAAUAAAGAUUUUCAUGUCUUGUAA